AUGCCCCGCACCCGAGCCGAGACCCGUGUCGUGUUUUUUCGUGCCUGUGUGCCGGCGUAUAGAAAGAUAAUGACAUGUGUAAGGAUAGGCGAAUGGCAUGCACAGCGGUUGGCGAAUAACAUGUACGCCGAGAAAGAUAAGAGCCAGCAGAGCAAGAACGAGGAUGCGGGGCCCGAGGACCCCUCCAAGAAGAAGAGGCAGCGGCGGCAGCGGACUCACUUCACCAGCCAGCAGCUGCAGGAGCUGGAGGCCACCUUCCAGCGGAAUCGCUACCCGGACAUGUCCACCCGGGAGGAGAUCGCCGUCUGGACCAACCUCACCGAGGCCAGGGUUAGGGUUUGGUUCAAGAACCGCAGAGCCAAAUGGAGAAAGAGAGAGAGGAACCAGCAAGCCGAGCUUUGCAAAAACGGCUUCGGUCCACAGUUUAACGGCCUCAUGCAGCCCUACGAUGACAUGUACCCCGGCUACUCGUACAACAACUGGGCAGCCAAGGGCCUGACCUCCGCUUCCCUCUCCACCAAAAGCUUUCCUUUCUUCAACUCCAUGAAUGUCAACCCUCUGUCUUCUCAGAGCAUGUUCUCCCCUCCAAACUCCAUCUCCUCCAUGAGUAUGUCUUCAAGCAUGGUACCCUCUGCAGUCACCGGGGUCCCCGGCUCCAGCCUCAACAGCCUGAAUAACUUGAACAACCUGAGCAAUCCCUCCCUGAAUUCUGCAGUGCCAACGCCAGCCUGUCCUUAUGCUCCUCCAACACCUCCGUAUGUUUAUAGGGACACAUGUAACUCGAGCUUGGCGAGUCUGAGACUUAAAGCCAAGCAGCACUCCAGUUUUGGCUAUGCCAGCGUGCAGAACCCCGCUUCCAACCUGAGCGCUUGCCAGUACGCGGUGGACAGACCCGUGUGAGACACCCGAGUAGGAAACACUGCAUGGGAAUCCCUCCCCAUUUCCCGCAGAGACUGAGAAUUACACUAGAAAGUAAUGGGCACUAGAGAGAAAGAGAAAGGAGGAAAAAUCAGAGAGAGGCAGAGAAAGAGAGAGGAAGAGACAGAGAGAGAGAGGAAAAAAAGAGGAAACCACUGAAAUAAGAUAGUUCCUUUGUUUUCAAAGGACCUCCUACAGAUUCUGAGAUCUUUCUUUCACCAAGAGUAUUUCAACAGUUACAAGGACAUAUAUAUAUAUAUAUAUAUAUGGACAAAUGUUUGACUGGAUAUGAUAUGACAUUUUAAUGUUACUAUAAGCUUGUUAU